AUGAGCCUGCUAUAUAGUGAUAACGGUUGUGGAGCCCAAGACGCGGAAAGCGGCUGCUGUGCAGCCAUGGCCAGCGCCUGCAGCGUCGGAGCGAAAGAAGACAGCGUAAGCAUCAGCAGUGGGACUGGAAACCCCCCAAGUUCUUUCACAGAAGAAACCCAAGGAUAUGAUGUGGAGUUUGAUCCACCCUUGGAAAGUAAAUAUGAAUGUCCAAUAUGUUUGAUGGCUCUUCGGGAAGCAGUGCAGACACCAUGUGGACACCGUUUCUGCAAAGGCUGCAUUGUCAAAUCAAUAAGAGAUGCAGGUCACAAAUGUCCAGUAGACAACGAAAUUCUGCUCGAAAAUCAACUUUUCCCUGACAACUUUGCUAAACGGGAAAUCCUUUCAUUAACGGUUAAGUGUCCCAACAAGGGCUGCAGUAUGAAGAUGGAACUGAGGCAUUUAGAGGACCACCAGUUGCAGUGCGAUUUUUCCACUGUGGAAUGCCCACAGUGCCAAGGAGCCUUCCAGAAGAACCAUCUGAAAGAGCACAUGACACAGGAGUGUCCGAGGCGUCAAGUCUGCUGCUCAAACUGUGCCACAUCCAUGGCCUAUGAAGACAAAGAGCUUCAUGACCAAACCUGCCCACUCGCCAAUGUAUGCUGUGAAUAUUGCAACACGGUGCUCAUCAGAGAGCAGAUGCCUAACCAUUAUGACAAUGAUUGUCCUACUGCCCCAGUGCCAUGUUUUUACAGUGCCUUUGGGUGUCCUGAAAAGAUGCAAAGGAAUGAAUUGGCACGACAUAUGCAGGAGUUCACUCAGGUUCACAUGAGAAUGAUGGCUCAGAGUUUUCAAAGUAUCAGUGUUACUGCUACAAAUCCUGUACCCUUCAUCAACGGCCUACCCUUUGAGCCUGCGCUCUUCUCACAUGUGUCACAUGCUGCAUAUGAUUGUAAUCCAGAAGUUGAAAACUUCAAAGAAACUAUUCAGCAAUUGGAAGGUCGUCUGGUGAGACAAGAUCACCAGAUUAGAGAACUCAUUGCUAAAAUGGAGACUCAGAACACUCACAUGGCAGAACUCAAACGUACUAUCCGAAAUUUGGAGGGCAAAAUUACCGAGAUGGAGGCACAGCAGUGUAAUGGUAUUUAUAUCUGGAAGAUUGAGAAUUUCAGUGGACUUCAGAAAGCCCAGGAAGAAGAGAGACCUGUUGUGAUACACAGUCCUGGCUUCUAUACUGGAAAGCCUGGCUACAAGCUGUGUUUGCGCCUGCAUAUCCAGUUGCCAAAUGCUCAGCGUUGUGCUAAUUUUAUAUCUCUCUUUGUCCACACUAUGCAAGGAGAAUAUGACAGCCAUCUGCCUUGGCCUUUCCAAGGCACUAUACGACUUUCUAUUUUGGAUCAAUCAGAAGGCCCUGAAAGGCAGAAUCAUGAAGAAGUUAUGGAAGCCAAGCCAGAGUUAUUGGCCUUCCAAAGACCAACAAUUCACCGCAAUCCAAAAGGUUUUGGUUAUGUGACUUUCAUACACCUGCAAACCUUGAAACAAAGAACCUUCAUAAAGGAUGAUACCCUUCUGGUGCGCUGUGAAGUUCAAACGCGUCUAGAUCUAAACAGUCUCCGCAGAGAAGGAUUUCAGGCUCGCGGUACUGAUGGAGCUAUGUAG